UUAGUCUGGCAAAACACAGUCAGCGUACACAGUGAAUAACUCUUUGCGAUGGGGAUUUUAUAUAGUAAAGCUAGUAACUGCAUGAGAUUGAUAAUCGACAUUGGAGAUCAAUCGGAUUUCACCAAUUCUAUGCUUUGAACGAUAGUUGGAAAUGUCUAUACGCUUCGUUUGACCUAUCAAGUUGGAGGAACAAAUCCUUGACAAAAUGAUGGCGCUGCCUGCGUGGUUUGACGGUUGGAAUUUUACUACAGUCGUUUGGACGGUAGUUCCUGUUGGUGUUGCUGUCUUGUGGCUUCUGAGGCGGUACCUGGCAGGAGGAUGGUGUUAUAACAAGGCUCGGCUGGACGGCAAGACGGUCCUCAUCACGGGAGCAAACACCGGCAUAGGCAAGGAGACGGCUAGAGAUCUUGCAAGGAGAGGUGCUCGUGUGAUUCUAGCGUGUCGUGAUCUAGCCAAGGCGGAAGCAGCCAUGACAGACAUCCGUGAAGACACUGGUAACAGCAAUUUGGCGGUAGUCAAACUAGACUUGGCUUCCCUGGCUUCGGUAAGAGCAUGUGCAGAGAAGAUCAAAAGAGAGGAAUCCAGGCUGGAUAUUCUCAUCAAUAAUGCAGGUAUCAUGAUGUGUCCUGAGUGGCAGACAGAAGACGGGUUUGAGAUGCAGUUUGGUGUCAAUCAUCUGGGUCACUUCCUUCUGACUAACCUUCUGUUGGAUCUUAUCAAGUCCUCCACCCCAGCUCGAAUCAUCAACGUCUCCUCUAUAGCUCACGCCUAUGGCAAGAUGAACUGGGAGGACAUCCACAUGAAGGAAGGAUACAACGGUGGCAAGGCCUAUUGCCAGAGCAAGCUGGCCAACAUCUUAUUCACGCGGGAACUGAGUAGACGAAUGAAACGCAAAUGUACCGGGGUCUCUGUCAAUGCCGUACAUCCAGGCUCUGUGGACACAGAGCUUGGCCGAUAUCUUCAGAGCCAAGGCGGACUGAUGUUGAUCUUUCUGAAAGUCUUUUACCCAUUCUUCAAAUUUGUCAUGAAGAACGCCGUGCAAGGCGCACAGACAACUAUCUACUGUGCUGUAACCCUGGAGCUCAUGCACUUCUCCGGUUUUUAUUUCAGUGACUGCGCCCAGAAGACGCCAGCUCCUCAGGCCAUGGAUGAUGAUGCAGCGAGGAGAUUGUGGGACAUGAGUGCCAAGAUGGUCGGUCUAGAAGAAAAGUAAAACGACUACUCUGAAAUGAUAGUACAGUAUAGUACAGUAAGCCGUUAUACGGAUAAAAAAAACAUGACCAAAGACAAGCAGAAUCCUAACCGUUUCCGAAAACGUCAGAAGUUUACCGAAUACAUUCAGUAAAUACUUGGAUAUGUUCGCAAUAGCUUGAGUAUUUCUGGUCUUAGGCUUAACUAAUUUUUUUACCAACUAAAUACCGGUCAUGCUUGUUAUCAUUUGGAAAUUUUGAUUUCAUAAAUUCAUUGUUUGCAUUAAAAAAUAUUAAUUGCGGGCGUAUCUGUGGUACAUGUCCAAUGUAGACGUUAUGCCCCAAAUGCACUCAUACGAGGGGCGGGGCCUUGCUAAGUCAUGCUGGUUACCUGACCUACGAUUUGUCAGAAUAGUCAGAGUCUUUUGGUUUGGGAUCCAGACUGUAGGAAGAUGGUAAAAUUGCUUCGCUAGAAAUUGCACGUUGUUACUGAUUUUCAGCUGAUAUUGAUGUGUCUCAUGGAAGGAGGGAUUUUGUUUGCAGUAUUCCUUGCCAUCCUCCUUGCCCUCUGUGUAUUUCAAACUGAAGAUCGGUUUUGAUAAAACAACUUUCCUGGAUGCACUCCUUUCAUCUAUUUGUGUAUUAAGUGCCUCACUCACAUAACACGAUUAUAUAAUACGGUCCUCCUCAUCAUAUUCACAACUUUUUAUAAGACUUGCACCAUUCUAAAUUUACACACGCGCAGGCAACAUUGGCGUUACUAUAGAAUUACAUGUGGUAUUCAUUUCAAACUUAUGUUCGGUUCAUGUUAUUCGAACAACAAAUCAGCAGCCAUGUUUAAUUUUUUUGGAAGCUCUGUUCUAUUUUGGAUGAACACUUAAGAUUUGUAUUUAAUGAUGUACAGAAACAUAUUAAUUUCAUAUAUGUAACAUUUUGAAUUUCAUUUAAUUUUAUAUUGUGUGAUAAAUUAAGCAUAUUUCUUCGGGCAAUUUCGCUUCUUAAAAAGCCCUGGGGGAAAAAUAUAUCCAGUUUUUGAUGAUAUAAGAAUCAGCGGCGGCGGAACGAUUUUUAAGCUUGGACAGCACUAAAAAGUGGCACUUGCUCAGUAAAUCUUUCGUCGGUACAGCGGCGUAUUCAGCAUUUGUUUUUUUAUUUUUGUUUGGCACCGCAUCCUUGCCGAAAUGUCAACACGGUUUUUUUCACCGGACACUGUCUUGGCCUCCAUAAGAAUGGAGGAAAUGAGCGUAUGCUUACUUUAUAUUGUUAAAUUCUCAGACUAGGGAAAUGGAGGACCAGCGUGCCACGAUCGAGGUUAUGAUUUUUACCAUUGUAAAGAACUUUACUGCACAAGUAAUAAAUGAAUGUCUUUGUUGAAUUGUGAUCUACUUGA